AUGUCUGAUGGCAAUGUUUGGCGCAGCGUCAAGGGACAUGACGGUAAACUGUUUUUUGAUGCCGCCAACACAUCGGAUGAACUACGAAUCGGUCUCAUGAUACAAAUGGAUGGCUUCAGUCGCAAGACUAGUGUAUAUGGGCCAUCACAUUCAUCUACGGUCGCAUCUGCAGCUAUUGCAAACUUACCGGAGGCACUGCGAUACCGUACAAACAACAUAAUUGUGUCAUACCUGGCACCUGGCCCGACUGAGCCUACCGCUGAAGAGAUUCAGCAUUAUAACAUGCUUGUUGUGAACGAUCUGAUCAAUCUCUAUGACAACGGUCGCCGUGUUCGUGUUUUCUUGCUCGCAAUCAUUUGCGACCACCCAGCUAUGUGCAAGAUGGGCAGUUUCGCAGAGAAGAACCAUAAGGUUGCACCAUGCCCGAAGUGCAAGGUGCCCCUAAGUGAACUGUUUUCAGAAAAGUCGCUGAAGAAUGAAUUUGAAGCUCGAACUGGUGAUGAACACCGAAAGAAUUGUUUUCACUGGCAGGAUCUCAAGACCGACGAAGAGCGUCAGGAAUUCUUCAACACCGUUGGGGCAUGGUGGACGGAAUUUGCAUGUCUACCAUAUUUUGACCUUGUGCGGUACUGUGUCAUUGAUCCGAUGCAUAAUAUCUGUCUCGACACAGUGAAAACACCACGAGAGCUUGAUGUAAUCCACCGCUUUCUCGAAAUGUUUGAAUCCCCCUCUUGGGCUGCUCAACUCCCGGCUCGUGUUGGCGAGCCCGCGGGUGGGAGCUUGACAGCUGACGAGUACAAAUCUGCAGUUACUGCUCCUCUCGCUAUCAUCAUGAGUGUCACUCUCUUCACGUUUCACACAGCAUGGCGCAUUGCUUACAUGGCAUCUGCACAGAUCCCUAUUGUUUGGGAGACAUGUAUGGAAGACUCGCAAGACCAGUAUACCCGAGCUGAGAAACGAUAUACAACUGCUUUUGCAAAGUACGAGAAAGAAUUGGUUGCAUGGAGAAAUAGGCCAGGUAAAAUUGCUGAGACUCCUGACAUGAAAUCCGGUGAUGCAAAGACUGGUGGACCUUUGAGCUCAAACAAGGUUAGCAAGAAGACAGCGAAGCACAAAGACGACAAGCCAAACCCGCCAAAGAAGCCAGCUAGAUCAGUCAAGAUUUUUCUUGGACGAUCUAUCACUGACGAUAUGGUUGUUCGUGCUUUAGAGCUUCUACAAGAGUAUCUGCUUGAGUAUCGAAAGCUGUAUGGCGAAGAUGCCCUAAAACCAAACUUCCACUGGGUUGUACACUUGCCAGAUCAGGUCCAUGAUUACGGGCCAGUGUAUAACUUUUGGGCCUUUCUCUCUGAGCGUCUGAACAAGAUACUGAAGAGUUUCAAGAGCAACACAUGGGUCGGAGGACAACUUGAGAUAUCAAUGUUACGCGAGUUCGAACGCGGGACCCAUCUCGAUGCCAUGAUAAAUGAGGUUGUCUCUCCUGCAUCGGAUGCAGGAGAAAUAGUAAAGGACAUGCUAAUGUGCAUGCGCGGAGAUAAAGAACACCUUCUUACAGAGCCCGAGGAGUCUCUACAGGACGAUGGUAACUAUGCCGCUUGCAAAUUCAACCUGGCCCAAUCGCAUCAGGAUCGCCUUGGUUGA